UCUACUAACGUUUAUCAAUGUUUUACCACUAUCUCUACCCAUUUUUAGUCAAACUCAUAAGUUUUAGUUUUUUGGCAAACAUCUAAAGAAUCCAAUAGGAUUGGCAGCAGGCUUCGACAAAAACGGUGAAGCGAUUCGUUCACUGGCUAAAUUAUCAGGUUUUGGAUUCAUUGAGAUUGGUACCGUAACCCCUAUUCCUGAGCAAGGUAGCCCUCGACCACGGUUGUUUCGCCUUAUAGAGGACGAGGGAGUUAUCAAUCGGUAUGGAUUCAAUAAUGAUGGAGUAGGCCGAGUUCAACAACGAGUAAAAACUGCCCGUGCCAACUGGCAGAGUGAUUUCGCAGUGUUGGGUGUAAAUGUUGGAGAAAACAAAACAGAGUAUGAUACCAAAUCAGAUUUCGAGAUCGGUGUCAAUAGUUUCGCUGCGUAUAGUGACUAUAUGGUGCUUAAUCUCUUUUCACCCAAUACUUCUGGUCUUAUGGUUACGAAAUCUGAGUUGCAGAGUUUGUUAUUGUACGUGAAAGAAGCCAUUGACAUUCUACAUCUAGCCUCUCGACCAAAACUUUUUCUCAAAAUUCCUCCCGAUCUUACAGACACGGAAAAAAGUGAUAUUGCUCAGGUAGUUAUUGAUUCGAAAAAUGGCGUUGACGGUCUGAUUAUUUCUGAUACAACGAUAUCUCGACCGAAAACACUUAAAAGUGAGAACAAAUCGGAAAUCGGAGGAUUGAGUGGUACACCGCUUCGACAAAUCAGCACCGAAUGCGUUCGCGAAAUGUAUAAGGGUCAUGUCCCCAUAAUCGGUUGCGGUGGUAUUUCCAGUGGAGCGGACGUUUAUGAAAAGAUUCGGGCCGGAGCAUCGGUAGUGCAACUUCAUUCAGCAAUUGUUUUCCAUGGGUUUCCCAUAAUCGGAAAGUUUUCUGUAAUGUAUUUUGUAUGCGAUGGAUAG